AUGGUGAAACACUGCUGUUGGGGUGAUUGUCGGAGUGACGACCGCUACAGAAAUGCAGAUCAUAUGCAGGACGUGUUCUUCAUACCGUUUCCCAAGCCUAAAACACAGCAUGAAAAAUGUAGAUUGUGGGUUUCCUUGUGCGGGCGUAAAAACUGGGGGGUUACCAAUGUAAACAAACACACUUACAUAUGCAGCAAGCAUUUCUUUGGAGGAAACGGUCCUACCAUUGACCAUCCCAAUCCUUUGCCGGCAUCUGGUACGGCCAUUGAUAUAAAACGAGCACAGAGAAGAGCUCGACCAUACCCCAGGUCCAGAUCAUUGCCAGCAUCAGUGAUAAAGAAAUGCCAAAUUGACGACACCAAACUGAUAAUGCAGCAGGAAAACCACAACAAUUCAUUCAGUAUCUUGAGUGACCAUGCCUACACUAUUCAACCCAGAGGUCCAGGAGAGAGAGGUACACAAACAGAUAGUGUGGAGACCAGAAAUUUUGGCACUCAGACAGAUCUUACUAUCAACUGCUUAAAGAACUAUGACGAUCAGCAGCUUCAAAAUGAAGGCCUAAUACGUCGACACCUGACAGCAACUAAUGUAACUAAAGAUGACUCCUCAUGCAAAUUUUACACAGGUUGGUUUUAG